AUGGCAUCACGUUCAUCACGCAGGACCAAAUACUCAAAGGAAGAGAGGGUCCCCGCACAAUGGAGUGACUGGGAGUGGGCACAGGAUUAUGGCAUGUACAUGAGAUAUCGGUUGGACAAAUAUGGGAAUUACGAAUUCAAAGAUACCGAUGGCAAUGAAGAAACCACUUCUUCGAACCACCAAUCUUCGAACAACAACCCCUCCUCGACAAGUAAUCAGUAUGGGGCUGGUACAGAAACAUACCUCCCCAACCAAGAUAAUAGCUAUGGCCUUUCAACACUCAAUAUUAAUUCGCCACAGCUGGAUGCGAAAGCGUCCGUUCGCCAGGUCCUUGGUCCAGCACCCUCUAAACCAGCGGGGCAGUAUUAUCCAUCCAAUCCAUAUUCGCUGGGUGCAACUUUAAUUAUGAGUGCCUUUGGCUGGAGCGCAAAUGGGGAAUAUCCAGGCUCUUCAGGAACUUACAAUUCUGGUCUCUCUUCGCGCGAGCCAAUAUAUCGCUCACAUUCAGAGCCCGCCUAUCAGACGAGACAUGAACGGCCGACCCUUGACAUAUUCUUCGGUGACAAAUUGGGACAAGAGAUAAGGUAUAUAGCACUUCUAGAUUCCCAAUCAACCUACGACUGGAUAUCCGAUCGCAUUCCCUUAAAGCUACAACUCCCAACAUCUGAGCCAAGUAUCCACUCAUCGACAGGCGCCGAGGGAAAUGUGGUCAGAUCAAUAGGACGUGUGAAUUUGAGAUGGAGGAAAGCCCCAAAUGGCUCCAGAAUCUACGAAGAUGAUUUCGAUAUCUUCCAAGACCCGAACAUCGACGUUAUAUUUGGCUGGAGCACGUGCAUAAAGUACGAUCUUCUCAAUGAUAACUCCUCAAAACUUAUCCCAUUGAUAUCAUACAACGCCGAGACUGAAGAUGAAAGACGGCAGGGCAAAAUAGAAGACACCAAACAGAGAAAUGGACAGCGCGAUUCUGAAGCUAGGAAACAGAGAAGUGAGACAAGGAAGCCAGACCAAAGGUUAGACAAGGGGCCGGAUAGGGGGAAAUCGAAAUCAUGA